CUCUGCGCACCCAGCACCAUGGCAGCGGCGGAGAAGGAGGGGGAAGCGCAGAGGCUGCGGUUCGGACAGUGGCUGCUGAACGCCAUCAACAGCGGGAACUACCGGGGGCUGCGCUGGAUCGACUCUGCCCACACCAUCUUCCGCGUCCCCUGGAAACACAACGCCAGGAAAGACAUCACCAGCAGUGACCUGGAGGUCUUCAAGGCCUGGGCAAAGGUCAGUGGGCGCUAUGAGGAAGGCUCUGAGGACCCGGCCAAGUGGAAGACCAACUUCCGUUGUGCCCUGAGCAGCACACACAUGUUCAAGCUGGAACAGGACCAUUCCAAGCGUGGUGAUGACCCCCACAAGGUCUUCUCCAUUGUCUCAGCCACCCUCCAGCACAGCACGGAGGGAGAUUCCAGCAUCCCAAACCCUGCGGUGGACCAGCAGGCAGCACAAGAGCAGCUGCAGCUGGAGCUCCACCCCCAAGACAUGGCCUCAGCAAUCGCUGUGCCAGAAAGCACUGACCCCACACAGCUCAGGACUCUGGAGGACCUGCUGCAGCACUGUGACAUCUCUCCCCGUGUCCUUGGCCCGCUCACCGCACCCUGGGUGCCCACAGGUGGCUUCCCUGCAGGGGACACUCCCCACCAGGACACUGUGCUCCAGCCUCACCAGGACACCCUGCUCCAGCCUUACACAAACACCAGCCAAAACAGUUGCUUCCCUCCCACGACAUUUCCACAAUGGGUGCCCACGGUGGAGCAGCCCACCUUGGACACCUACCAAGCAACGGGCCUCAUGCCAUCAGAAGAGACAGGGGCCGUGCCAGCGCCAUGCCACCUGAUGGAGGGCGCGGUCCCCAUGCAGUACGCGGCGGAGGCAACGUUGUUUGUGCCUGCCACCAGUCCUGUGCCGCAGCCACGGCUGCUGCUGGAUAACACAGAUGGCAUCGUCUCCAUCCUGGAUGUCACCAUCUACUACCGGGGGAAGGAGUUCCACCGGGAGGUGGUUGGGGGCAGCCGCUGCCUGCUGACGUACCAGCCCCCCAGUCUGCCGGAGAGCCCGUGCCCCUGGCACGUGGUGCACUUCCCCAGCCCUGCCAGCGUGGCUGACGGCAAGCAGCGGCGCAUCACCGAGGAGCUGCUGGGCAUCGCGGGGCUGCAGCUGGAGCAACGCGCCUACAAGGUCUUUGCUACCCGCCGGGAGAAGUGCAAGGUGUUCUGGGCCUUGUCCCAGCAGCUCGAGGGGGUUGAGGAGCCUCCACCCAACCUGCUCUACCGGGACCAGGAAACACCCAUCUUUGACUUCAAUGAGUUUUGCACAGAGCUGAGGGACUUCCGCAAUGGCCAAAGGCGGCGAUCCCCCGACUUCACCAUCUACCUCUGCUUUGGGCAGGCCUUCUCCAAGACCAAGCCUAAGGAGUCCAAGCUCAUCCUGGUCAAGCUGGUACCCAAGUUCUGCGAGUAUUACUACGAUCAGGUGCUGCAGGAGGGAGCCUCCUCCCUGGACAGCCACACCAUCAGCCUGCAGCUCUCCAACUCCUUUGACCUCAUGGAGCUCAUUGAGCAGUACAACAUGCAGCUGGGCUGACCCCACCUCCCCCUCCCCAUGGCCCUGGCACAGGCAGCAGGACCCCCUGGGCAUCCCAGGCUCUGCAAACCAGCACCCCCCAACCCAAGGACAGCUUCACUGACUAGUCCUGGAGUUCACACAUUGCUUUUCCCCUGUCAGCUUCUAGCGUGUGUUUUUGUGGAGAGUGGUAAUUUACAGAUUUAUUUUUUUAAAUUUUUCCAAGUUAAAAUAUAUAUGUAUAGAAAUGUAGUUCUCUUGCUGCUGUUGCCUGGAUAUCUGCCUCUGCCAUCAGUCUGAAAUCUUCACCACCCCCUUCUACCCCCAAAACCACAGGGGUCCAUGCCCAGCCUUGUCUCAGCAAAGUCCUUGCUUGCAGGGGUGGGCUGGUAUCAGAGAGCUUUAUCAGCGUCUUUUUCCUCUUAAAUUUGAGUAGAUGAGGUGAAUUCCCAGAGUGAAGGGAUGCAUUUAUCAAUGCAUUUAUUUCCAUGCAUUAAGGCUGCAAACACGAUUUGCCAGCAGAGUGUGUUGAGGACAGCUUGGCUUGGGCUAAACAAAAGUAAUUUGCUGAGCACUGGCCCAGAGUUACUUGCUGGAGAUGUUCUGGAAAAAUAAGGCAGCAACUACAAAACGAAACACCCAGAGUGCCAGCUCAGAGCUGCAGAGGGGGUGGUAUCUCAGGGAGGAGUGUGGAAACCAGAGGGCUGCCUGAAGAUGUGGUGUGCCCUCCCCAGGCUGCAAGCAACUGCACCCCCUCAUUUCAGGAGCCUGACCAUCACUGUGGUCCCUGGGCAAGAGGAGGGAGCAGUGUCCUUACCUGCCUGUGACCUGGAUGCUGCUGGGCCCAAAGGUGGUGGUCCCGUAGCUUGUCACAUAAUAGUGAGCAGAGGGCUGUGCUGGGGGCUCCUCCUGUGGCCUGGGUGCUGUGGGAAUGGGACACCCUUAGCACCUGAGCUCCAUGAAACCCUCAGCCCUCUUUUCCCUGAGCACAGUUGCAGCACAAACUCGGGACACUGGGCUCACCUUUGGGCAGGGACAGUGCCCACACGUCCCGCAGGUUUUGAUGUCUUCCUUUCUCCUGUGGAGGAAAAAGCCCAGGAAAGAAGGAGCAGGAGCUGCCCUCAGCACUUCCCAUGGAAUAUGAUGCCAAGGCGAUGGAAGGGGCUU